CAUUACCUCACUCAUGUGCGCCGGAUGUUCUUCUACAACGUGUUGAAGGAAAUUUCACGUGUGUGUUUUUUAUCUUACACCGCACAAACAGGAAUCGGGUCAAAAAAGGAACAUAUUCAUCGAGUGUCUGUGUAGCUCGGAGUCAUGGGUCGGAAGUUGGAUCCCACAAACAAAGUGAAGAGAGGGCCGGGGAAAAAGGCCAGGAAGCAGAAAGGAGCAGAGACAGAGUUGGCCAAGUUCAUACCUGAUGAAGAGGCAGAUCAAAAACGUCUAUCAAGCAGAGGCAGGAAAAGAGCUGCAAAAAGAGCCCAGAAUUCAAAGCCUAAAGAUGUUGCUGCGGAAAAGGCCAAGAAAGGAUUCACUGAUGAGAACAGUAAAUGGUUGAAACCAACAACGAGGAAGCGUAAACUUGAGGAACCUGAAGGUGAAGAUGACAGUGACGAGGAACACUGGGAGGACGAGGAAGACGAGGAGGAGGAGGAGCAGCAGAUGAAGAAGGGAGGAAAAGUCCAAGGAAAGAAGGCCGCCAAAUCAGAAAUAGAAGAAGAAGAAGAAGAGGAGGAGGAUGAUGAUGAUGAUGAUGAUGAUGAAAUGGUUGAUGACUACGGUGCAGAUGAAGAUGGCAGUGAAGAGGAAGCAGCAGCAGCAGAAGAAGAAGAAAGUGAUGGAGAGGAACUUCUUCCCAUCGAGCGUGCAGCCAAAAAAGAGAAAAAAAUGAAAGAAACCUUGGGUCUGGAGAGUGAUGGCGAAGACGACGAUGAUGAUGAAGAUGAUGAUGAUGAUGAAAAGAAAUUAGAUGCUGACAUGGAUGAGGAAGACACAGUACAAGCAAACAUGGAUGAAAUGGAUCAAUUCCGGCUACCAGGAGCAGAGGAAAGUGAGAAAGAAGGCAUCCUUCCUCUGGACCUGAAGACGAUCUAUCAAAGAAUAAAGGACAACAUUGAUGUCCUUUGUAAUUUCUCAACAAAAAGAGAGGAGGGCAAAGAGCGAGCAGAGUACAUCUCCCUUCUGAAGAAGGAUCUCUGCACUUAUUACAGCUACAACAACUUCCUCAUUGAGAAAUUAAUGGACCUCUUCCCUCUUUCAGAGCUGGUUGAUUUCCUCGAAGCCAAUGAAAUUCAAAGACCUGUCACAAUUCGGACCAACACACUGAAAUCAAGGAGGAGAGAUCUUGCACAGGCCCUGAUCAACAGAGGAGUGAACCUUGACCCACUGGGGAAAUGGUCCAAAGUGGGUUUGGUCAUCUAUGACUCGUCCGUACCUGUAGGUGCGACCCCGGAGUAUCUGUCUGGUCAGUACAUGCUGCAAGGAGCCUCCAGUUUUCUGCCCGUCAUGGCGCUCUCUCCACAGGAGGGAGAGUUGGUGUUGGACAUGAGCUCAGCUCCAGGAGGAAAGACCACCUAUAUAGCUCAGCUGAUGAGAAACACGGGGAUGAUCGUAGCAAACGACGCCAACGCUGACAGGCUGAAGAGUGUGGUGGGAAACAUCCACCGUCUGGGCGUCACCAACACUGUCGUCUGCAACUACGAUGGAAGGCAGUUCCCAAAGGUGAUGGGCGGGUUUGAUCGAGUGCUGCUUGAUGCUCCGUGUUCAGGCACAGGAGUCAUCGCUAAAGAUCCAGCUGUGAAGACCAGUAAGGACGAGGCGGACAUCCAGCGCUCUGCUCACCUGCAGAAAGAACUGCUUCUGUCUGCCAUUGAUUCUGUCAACGCCGAGUCCUCUUCAGGAGGAUACCUGGUCUACUGCACAUGUUCAAUAAUGGUGGAGGAGAAUGAAUGGGUGGUGGACUACGCCUUAAAGAAAAGAAAUGUCAAAUUAGUUCCCACUGCACUCGACUUUGGCAAGGAAGGCUUCACCAGGUUCAAAGAACGUAGAUUCCAUCCGACUCUGAAGCUGACUCGCCGUUUUUACCCUCAUUCCCACAAUAUGGACGGCUUCUUUGUGGCCAAGCUAAAGAAAUUCUCCAACGUAAUUCCAACUGCACCAACAGUAAAAGAAGAAGAAGAAGCAGAUGCUCCCGAUGCGACGGCUAUUACAGACUCUCCUGAGGAGAAACCAACCAAAAGUGAGAAGAAGAAGAAGGCGGUCCCCACAAAGGCAGCCGGCUUAAAGGGUAAAACCCAAACGAAUGGAGCAGCAGCCAAGAAAAUGGAAAACGGCAAGCAAAAAGGCAAAAAGAACUCACCUGCUGGACCAAAAAAGGCAAAGAUCGCCAAGAUGGAUGGAGAGACUGUGAAAGAGGCCAAGGCCAAGAAACCUGCAGUGAAGACGGCCGGUGAAACGAAAGCAUCGAAGGCUGACAAAAAGGACGGGAGCAGAUUUGAGAAGAAGCAGGGCACAAAGACAAAAUCACCCAAGAAGGGAAAGAAAAGAUUGGGAAAGAAUAAAUUCAGAAAGUUGAAGAAGAUGUUGGAAAAACAAGAGAAAGAGUGACGGAGUGUACAGCGUGAUAUAUAGUACUAGAUGAUGUAGGAAGCUUUGUCGAGCUCCCUUCAGAUAACGAGUCAGUGCUCUGGUGUCAUUCAGAGCAGCGAUACUGUACCUGUCAGUCACAUAUACGAUUUGUAACAAUGUACAAAUUAAUUAGACUGGUCAAUGAUGCUCUCGCUUAAGUUUGGUCCUUCCUUUUUUAUUUGUAUUACAGAAUAUUCAUUAUGUUUGUCUGUUGAUUUAAUUGCAGAGUGGGACAACCUCCAUAAAUCUGUGAAACGUAAUAAAUCUUUUAAGAUAUCUUCA